UGUUUAGAACAGCUAUCACUCGCGUUUCAGCAUUGUUAGGGGAAUUUUAAGUCUUGGAGAUAAGUAAUUCUCUUAAACCCGCUUUGGCAAGGUGGAUUUUAGGUGAGACAACCAACUUUCCCAAAGCGCGAACUCAUCGGGUUUGCGCGCUUGAGACUGGAGGGUGCGCGAUCUGAGAUCAUUGAGUAUGCAGUAACAAGAUACUGGAAUUGAGCAGAAGGAGAGAUUUCAGAUGUUUUCUGGCUCACAUGGAGGGUGAGAACCAUCUACAGCACUGGAACACAUUAAGGUGUUUUCUGUUGUUCUUUGCAGUCCUUAUCCUUACAACAGAGGUCAACGCAGGAGUGAAGAAGAGCGGUGGACCAUGUGGGGGGAGAGACUGCAGCGGAGGGUGUCAGUGUUAUCCUGAGAAGGGUGCGAGGGGAUUGCCUGGACCUCUUGGUCCCCAGGGUCCCACAGGCCCUAAUGGGCGACCAGGAGACCCUGGUCUCCAGGGCCCUAAAGGAGAGAAGGGAGACCGUGGCAGAGGAGGCCUUAUGGGUCCAAAAGGAAGUGUGGGAAUGGAAGGUGUUCCAGGGUUUAAUGGAGCAGAUGGUGUUCCGGGCCAUCCUGGGCCGUCUGGGCCUCGUGGAAAACCAGGAGCUGACGGCUGUAAUGGAACCCGGGGAGAAUCAGGAACGCCAGGCAUUCCAGGACUCAAUGGCGAACCUGGAAUAUCAGGUCGGCCAGGAAUGAAGGGGGAGAAGGGUGACCCUUUGGAGAUGUGGGUUUAUAUGGAAAGAUUCAGGGGAGAUCCAGGACCACCAGGUUUUCCAGGAUUUAUUGGACCAACUGGUAACCCAGGGUACAGAGGACUGCCAGGAUUUCAAGGUCCUUGGGGUCCUACUGGCAUUAAAGGUGUUAAAGGACAAAAGGGUGAAAGCACUAAAAUGUUAAAAGGAGUCAAAGGAGAAAUGGGGGAGAAUGGAGAGCCGGGCCUUCCAGGACCUUACUCACAAACCCGUCCAGUCCCUUCAGAAUGGCAGGGUGAAAAAGGCUUGAAAGGUUAUAAAGGAGAACCAGGAGAUUUGGGAUAUUUAUCUACCAAAGGAGAGACUGGUGUGUCAGGGUUUCCAGGACAACGGGGAAACCCAGGACUAAAUGGCUUUCCAGGACCUAGGGGUGACAUUGGACUACCAGGUUUCCCAGGAAAUUAUGGUCGCAAGGGAGAUAGAGGAGAACCUGGAGAGCUGAUUGGUCCUUUUGAAGAUACUGGAGUGGGUCCUCCAGGACCUCCGGGAGAGCGUGGCCCAAUUGGAGAGUAUGGUCCUAAGGGUACUAAAGGACUGCCGGGUCCCCCAGGCCCCCCUCCCUCUGAACAACAACCAGUGGAUUUGUGGGGUCCAGAGGGACCACGUGGACCAAAGGGAGCCAAAGGUGAUGCUGGAGAACCUGGUAAUCCUGCCACUCAUCCUGGGCCACCUGGCCCCGAUGGGCUUCCUGGAUUUCAAGGACCUCCCGGACCCAAGGGAUCAUUGGAAGAAUUCUUCAAAGGAGCACCAGGACCACGUGGACGUCCAGGAAAUGCAGGAAAAAAGGGACCAAAGGGUGACCAUGGUCUGUGCGAAUGCACUGUAAAAUCCACACCUGGUCCUGCGGGUCCUCCUGGUGAUGCUGGGGACAUUGGCAUGGCAGGAGAGUGGGGUCAGCAUGGUGAUCAGGGAGAUCCGGGACCCAGAGGCGUGGAUGGUGUACCUUAUGAAGACGUACUGAAGACUUUAUUAAAGACUAUGUGUCUUGAUACAGUGGAAGAAUUCUUCAAAGGAGCACCAGGACCACGUGGACGUCCAGGAAAUGCAGGAAAAAAGGGACCAAAGGGUGACCAUGGUCUGUGCGAAUGCACUGUAAAAUCCACACCUGGUCCUGCGGGUCCUCCUGGUGAUGCUGGGGACAUUGGCAUGGCAGGAGAGUGGGGUCAGCAUGGUGAUCAGGGAGAUCCGGGACCCAGAGGCGUGGAUGGUGUACCUGGUUUCUCUGGUGCAAGAGGAUUGCCUGGACCCAAAGGCAGAAAAGGAGAGCUGAGAGCCGCUACAGAGAAAGGACUACCGGGUGACCCUGGGGACCCAGGUGCUAGUGGUUUCCCAGGAGAGCAAGGAAGGCCUGGAUUUGAUGGCAAAGAUGGUGAACCAGGUCUUCAAGGAUCUUCUGGAGAAGGUCCUGUAGGUGAGCCUGGAGGGAAGGGAUACCCAGGUUGGCCAGGUCCUCCAGGUCUAAUAGGUCCGAUAGGACAACCCGGUCAAGUUCUUGGAGCAACUAAAGGUGUAAGGGGCCUUACUGGAGAUGAAGGACAAGUUGGUAUUGAUGGAAAACAAGGGUCACCUGGUGCUCCAGGAGAUUGUAGCCCACAAGGAGGAGAUCAGUGGAAUAUUCUAGUGGAAUGUAUUGGAGAUCCCGGGCCACCAGGAGAGAUAGGGCAGCCUGGACUUCCAGGAUUCAGUGGAUUUCCUGGACUGCAAGGUGCUAAAGGCAUACAAGGUCUUUCUGGAGAACCUGGGGCCAAAGGAGAGAAAGGUGAACCAGGAAGAGGAGGCCCACCUGGGCCAAGAGGUUUUGUUGGACCUCGGGGCGACUCAGGUUAUCCUGGCUCCAAAGGUGUGGAAGGAACUCCAGGCCUUUCUGGUACACCAGGUUUGGAUGGUGCUCCAGGGGAAAAGGGUGAGCAUGGUGAAGUUUUAGGAGCAUCUUCUGGAGCCCCUGGAGUCCCAGGACUACCAGGACAGAGGGGUGUCAUUGGUCUUCCAGGAGACCCAGGACCUCAAGGACACCCGGGUAUGGAGGGAAUGCCAGGUAUGAUAGGCCUUAAGGGUGAAAGUGGCCCUCCAGGUCUUCUAGGAGAGAUAGGAAGACCUGGACCGCCAGGAACAUUUGGCUUUCCUGGGCAGUCUGGUCAAGUAGGACCUCCCGGACCAUCUGGAAAAACCGGAGAACCAGGUCCAAGUGGAGAAAGGGGAUAUCAGGGAGACCCAGGCCUUCCUGGGCCCAGAGGAGUAAAGGGUGUCACUGGAGAACCAGGAAAUGUUGGUCUUCCAGGCAAUUUUGGGCCCCCAGGAGAUCCAGGACAACAGGGGCCAUUUGGUUUUGAUGGUUUUCCAGGGUUAAAGGGUUCCAGAGGUGGUCAGGGCAUGAUGGGUUUCACUGGAAUGCCAGGUGAGACAGGUCUGAAGGGCUUUUCGGGACAGAAAGGAACAAUAGGUGAUCCAGGACAACAAGGUGCAAAAGGACCUCCUGGCCCUCCAGGUGAAAAAGGUGAGAGAGGGUUGGUGGGGCGUCCAGGUGAAAAGCCAAUCAUACAUAUAACACCACAUAUGAAAGAGGUCAUGAAGGGAGCUAAAGGUGACCAUGGAAAAAUGGGAGAUCAUGGCUUCACUGGUCCCAGAGGUACAAAAGGUCUACCAGGUGUUCCAGGAAAGGAGGGUAAAGAUGGACAUCCAGGUGAGCCCAGUGAAACAAAAGGUACUAGAGGUCUUCCCGGAGUAGAAGGACUUCCAGGGCCUAAGGGGAUGCCAGGGCUUACAGGACUUCCUGGAAUUGAGGGUUUUCCUGGAUUGCCUGGACCCAAAGGUGGCAAAGGCUCAUCUGGUGCCUAUGGACGGCCUGGAGAAUCUGGAAUCAAGGGAAUAAAAGGUGUCUUGGGUCCUACCAUCAGUCUUCCAGGAUCAACUGGACUGAGAGGUGAAACUGGGCUGCCUGGAUCUUUAGGUGAAAAGGGACUCACAGGUCAGUCUGGAGACAGAGGAAGUCCUGGUUUUAAUGGCAUUGAAGGGAUGAAAGGCUAUCCAGGAGAACCUGGAAAAGUUGGACCACCAGGUUCUGAUGGCCUACAAGGUUUCCCAGGAACCCAGGGUCAUAAGGGCUGGCCUGGCGUGCCUGGACAGACAGGAACCCCUGGAAUCCAAGGCCAACCAGGACAAAAAGGAUUUCCUGGUCUUAAAGGCAUUUUUGGAUUGGAUGGCCUGAAAGGUCAAAAGGGUAUCAAUGGUGCUCCAGGUUCUGACAACUGGGGUCCUCCUGGUGAGCCAGGAGCAAAAGGGGAGAGAGGAGAGACCGGCAUCCCCAGCACAGAAGCCGGUGUCCCCGGAGAGGUGGGAUUCAAGGGUUUCUUUGGAGAUUCAGGUAAUAAGGGUGAAUCUGGGCAUCCAGGUGUACCGGGUCCUCGGGGUCCACAAGGAUUCUCCGAUAUAAAAGGAGUGCCAGGCGACUAUGGCUUUCCAGGCCCAAAAGGACUUCCAGGUUUCCCUGGUCCCAGAGGGAUCCCAGGUGACCCAUCUCCAUUCGGAGCAAGAGGAGAGAAUGGACAUCCAGGUGAUUUUGGAUUGACUGGAGAAAAAGGAGUCCAGGGCGACUCAGGAGAAAAAGGACCAUCAGGGGAACCUGGAGUGUCAGGAAGAAAAGGGGAGAAUGGAGAAACAGGAAUGAUGGGAUAUCCAGGAAGGCGUGGUUUUGAAGGCGACAGGGGCCCUGUUGGACCUAAAGGAGAUACUGGACCCCCAGGUAUUCCUGGCUUACCUGGUUCUAAAGGGCUUCCACCAGUCCCACUGAAACUACCAGGGGAGAGAGGACCACCUGGCCCAAUGGGUAUUCAAGGACCACAGGGAUGGCGUGGAAACCCAGGCCCUGCUGGACCUCCUGGUGAUCCAGGGGUUUUGGGUCCAAAUGGGGAAAAAGGCAUGCCAGGUCUCACUGGAAUACCAGGAAAUCCAGGCUUCCGUGGAGAACCUGGACAAUUGGGCCACCCUGGUCUACAAGGUGAAGAAGGGACCCGAGGGAGCCCUGGUUUACCUGGUACUAUUGGAAUGCCCGGCCGCAGUGUUAAUGUUGGCUACCUGCUGGUGAAGCACAGUCAGUCUGAGAAGAUCCCCAUGUGCCCUGUGGGUAUGUCCAAGUUAUGGGAUGGUUACAGUCUCCUGUACUUUGAGGGACAGGAGAAGGCCCACAACCAAGACCUGGGUCUAGCCGGCUCAUGUCUCCCCCGUUUUAACACCAUGCCCUUCCUGUACUGCAAUCCUGGAGAUGUAUGCUACUAUGCCAACCGCAAUGACAAAUCCUAUUGGCUGUCCACCACCGCACCAAUUCCCAUGAUGCCCGUGGAGGAGGCCGAAAUAAAACCAUACAUCAGCCGCUGCUCCGUGUGCGAAGCUCCAUCCGUGGCCAUCGCCGUACACAGUCAAGAUAUAACAAUUCCACAAUGCCCAGCAGGCUGGAGAAGUCUCUGGAUUGGCUAUUCCUUCCUUAUGCACACGGCAGCUGGAGAUGAAGGUGGCGGUCAGUCUCUGGUGUCUCCGGGCUCCUGUCUAGAAGAUUUCCGCACCACUCCCUUCAUCGAGUGUAACGGGGCCAAGGGUACGUGUCACUACUUCGCCAACAAGCAAAGUUUCUGGUUGACGUCUAUCGAUCAGACCUUCCAGAGUUCCCCUUCCUCUGAGACACUGAAAGCCGGUCAGCUCCUGUCACGCAUCAGCCGCUGCCAAGUGUGUAUGAAGAACCUGUGAGCUGUAACCUAUGAACUUUGACACUAUUGCAGCAGCAUUACAGUUAACACCAGCAGAGCGACCCACGCAAAUAGUUCAUUCCAAAUGUCAAUUGGAUGUCAACGUCGCAAGUUAGGCUUUUGAAAUUACUUA